UUUGAGAAAGAUGGAAUGGGUGAAAUGUGGAUGGAGGGGGAUGAGGGAGAGAAAGGAAGGAAAAGGGGUGGAAGUUGAGGAGAGAGGUGGCCCACAGUGGGGGGCAAUAAAGCUGCAAGACAGCCAGAGAUGCCUUUAAAUACAACAAACAGGCAAAGAUGACAUUGCCUAUCAAUACUGGCUGUUAACUCCAUUUGGAACUGCAAAAACAUAAUUCAGAGAGAGAGGGAGAGGGAGAGGAGAGAGGAGAGAGGAGAGAAGGGAGAGGGAGGGAGAGAGCUUUGUUGAGAGUGGGUCUAGGAGUGAAAGGAGGAGGGAGUGGAGCGAGGAUUUGGGCGAGAAAUGGGAGAGAAAAAUAUAUUCAGAGUGCUUAGAUUUGCAUGGUUUGAAUUUUAAAAAAAGAAGGUUUUUUUUUUUUUUUUGGUGGUGUGUGGGUGGAUGGGUGUGUGUUUGAUUUCAUCAUCUCUCUCUCAGACAAACAACUGUGUUUGAGAAAAAUCAGGAACCCAUCAGAUACUCACUUUCUUUCUCUAUCUACCUACAAUCUUUGCUGAAAAAUUGGCUGGGCUUGUGGGGGUUGUUCCUCUCUGCUCUAUAAGUUUUGCCAAUCUUGACUUGCACAAGUUGAGAGAUUUUAGAUUUGGGUCUCUCCCUGAAACUCUGCAUUUGGGUUUGUUUGAAAGUUUUGAAAGUUUCUUGUUAUGUACACAUUUUGAUGGCAUUGAAGAAGAAUGGCACAGGAGGAGCAAAACCAUAGGUGUAGUGGGAGUAGCAGUGGCGGUGGUGGAGGAGGAGGAGGAGGAGGAAGGCCCAGCAAAAAGCCAAAACAGAAGAAAAUCCCACAGAGGGGACUUGGUGUGGCACAGCUUGAGAAAAUUAGAUUGGAAGAACAAAACAAGAAAAACAGUCCUGCUGCAUUUUUCUCAGAUUCCUCCACCUUAUCCUCAUCCAACCCUUCAUAUUCAUCACUCUCACUCCCCAAUUACCACCACUCCCACUCUUCCUCAUUAAUCCCUUUUCCUUCUCCCUCCCCACCCAAUCUUCAUUCCCCGACCUCUCAAUUUAGGCCCCCAAAUAUAGAUGUUGCCCACUCAAACACUGUUCCAUUGCCCAACCCAAUCUCCAAUGGGGGAUUUAAGAUUGGGUUUUCGCCUUCCAUACCAGUCUCUGGCCAUGGACAUGUUCCCAAAUUGUGGAACCAUGAGUUAAAUCUUGAGGGGGAGAAUCCUAGAGUGGAUCAUGGGCUAGUUUUUCAGCCGCCUUAUGAAUCAAACCCCAUUUGGCCUCUCCCUACUCUGAUGCAAAGGGCACAACCAUAUCAGCAACCUUCUUCUUCAAUGGUCAAUGUCUCAUCAGGAACUUCAUCAUCACCUAUACCAAAUUUUCAGAUAGAGCCCCCUUCAAACCAAAGCUAUUAUGGCAACAACUACACAUCCAUGUGGCCAGAGGAAGAGAAGAUGGUUGGGGUGAAGAGGCCAUACCCAUUCUCUCUGGACAAUCCACCAGGCCCCUCUUUCAACUCCAAAUUUCCUACCUUUGAUGCUCCUAUAAGAUCAGAUGAAUCAGCUUCAUAUGGAAAUGGAGGCACAUUCAUUUUGGAUGUCGGAAAUGCCAUUUUCAGAGAAGGCCCUUCAUGCUCAACUUCAUUGUCUGAAAUUGAAUCAAAGAAAGGCAUUAGAGAAAAUGGGGGUUCCAAUGGGGACUUUCUCACAUUGGCACCUCCCUCCAUCACUUCACCACACCCAAAUACAAGAUCAAAGCAGCCUCCUGGUCAUCCAGCCUACUACAACAAAGACUCCUCCGAAUUCGAGUCCUUGCCCUACCAAGUAAAGCUCAAACAACACAAUCCCGCCUUCCAUUUCCCAACCCCUUUUCCAACUCCCAAUCUCAUUAUCUCCAAUUCUUGUUUUAAGGGAAACACGGGCGACCCAAUUAGGCCGCACCCAACAGGGCCACUCCAGCAUCAGCAGCAGUGGCAGCAGCUGCCUUUCUACAAUUUCCUGCAGCCGGCAAACCCGCAAAAUGGCCCAGCAGCAACCAGUUCAAGCAAUUGCAAUGGUGGGGAAGUAGGAGGAAGUGUUGACCUCAACCUAAAGUUGUAAAUGGCUUGUCCUAGCCAAAGGCAAUUUCUGGUGGUACCUUGAUAGUUCUUUCUCUGCAUUAAGCCAUUCUAGGAUGGUUCUCUUCUAUCUUUUGUGUUCUAUAUGACUUAGCAGUAGAGUAGACACCUUGAGUUUGAAAAAGACCCCAAAAUCUUGAGCAUGUAAGGAUGAUAAAAGAAACAAAAAGGGGUUGUAGAUUUGCUUGUUUGGAUUCUUGGGCUCUCUCUCUCUUUCUUUUUCUUUUUCUUUUUUUCUUUUUUUUGAGAUUAUGGUGAAGUUUAAUGGAUAUGUGUAUUUUGUGUUUGGUUUUGGUUGGUGGGUGAGUGAGGGAUUCACAUUCACUCCAUUGGUAACAAACUUUUUGCAUGUGGACUUGUGGGAUUC